AGAGCUUCUCUCUAAAUCAGUCGGUCUAGCGACGCUGAGCUGAGCGGACGUGUUUCUCUGACCCUUGCGAGUUUGUGUCUUCGAGCGUUUACUGAAAGUCCUCGUUUUGGUUGGUGGCAAAAGUGAUUUAACAAUUCGGCAUUGUGCUGUUCCUGUGAAUUAGACUGACAACAUAAGAAGAUUCUUUGGGCACCCUCGAGAUAUCAGCCCCUCGUGGAUUUUUUCUCCUUGCGUCAACUUGGAAUUGCGAUCACUUGGUAUUGCGUCCAAAUUCAUCUGACUGACAGACAACCAAGCAAAAGUUUUCCAGUCCCCUCGGAUAAAUCAUCAGUUUUAUGGUGAAAGUUGCCCUUAAGCAAAUUGUGGGUGUGGAGUGCGAAAACUGUGGGUUAAAAGUGAAAGAAAAUUAUGAACAGUUGAGCAAAUAAAUUGUUCUUAGUGUGUCUCCUGAGAAAAUGACAGCCAAACGUGAAAAGGACUACGGAACGAAAACAAGUAGUAAAACAGGAUCAGAUCUCAACGCUAACGCAAAGAGCGGUUCACAGCACUCGAAUACUGCUGCUUCCUCACCAGCUGCCAUCGGAUCAUCUCCUUCGUCGGAUUCUCUGAAGCGCACAAACAAACCACUGAUGGAGAAGCGACGACGCGCGAGGAUCAAUCAAAGUCUCGCCAUUCUCAAGGCACUCAUACUUGAGUCCACAAAAAACAACGGAAAGAACUCUGAAGGGCAGCCCAAGCACACCAAACUCGAGAAGGCAGACAUCCUCGAGCUCACAGUCAGGCACUUCCAGAGACAUAGGAAUUUAGACAAUCCAGCCAUCGACAAGUAUCGCUCAGGAUAUACGGAUUGUGCAAGGGAAGUGGCAAGGUAUCUAGCCACACCUGAACCUCCUCCUCUGCCCAGUGUUCCCACCCUCACAGACGCAGGCUCCAAAGCGAGAUUACUGCGGCAUCUGGAUCAGUGCAUCGCUGAGAUUGACACGGAAAUCUGUCCGGUUACUCCAGCAAAUCCUCUGCCCACGCCCGGAAGUGAUGCUAAACUCAAUAAUUACUUCGGAUCCAUGGAGAGUUUGAAGAAAAAUUCUGAUCCCAAUACAAUGGAUUAUAACAGUCAGGACUCUACAAAUCCCAUUGACUUCAGCAAAAACAGCCGGUAUGAUCUUCCCGAAGGUGAUCGCACGGGAAUACCGCCUUUCGCUGCCGCUGUUGCGCCUCGCGAUAUUCAGGAUGAGAACAACAAUAGAGGCAAUCGUCAGACGCCAGACUCCAAUUCUGUCCUCAACAACAUUGAAGACAUGAUCGAGACUAAUGAAAUUGCAACCACUUCCGCGUACGCAAACUUCCCGCCGGGGAAAAUGCACUCUGUAACAUCUGUCCAAAAGCUGAUCGGGAUAAAGGGUCAGAAAUUCCCGAAAGGAGGUCCGAACGGAACCUCUUCGCCAAUCAACGUUAUGCCAGUGUUGAAUGGGAAUGGAGUUAAUCCACUGGGGCUUCCCUCUGAGGCAGCUCUGGUGCCACCAGAAGUGGCAGACAAGGAUGGGCAUGUGGACUACGUUAAGUCUGAAGCACUCAAUGGGCAGUAUCAUCAGAUGAGGCUCCCUGAUGGCCAAAUGGUCCUGCUUCUUCCGCCGCAUUACGUGCAACUUGCCGCAGCCCUGGGCCUCAACUCUCAAGCCAUGAUGGAUCCGGCAGCACUCACAGACUUUGAGAACCUCAUCGAAUUGAAUCGGAAACAACAACAAAUGAAUCCAGCCGAAGCCGCCAACAUUCCAGAAGCCAUCUACUGGGAGCACUACAGAAAGUCCAUGAGUCUGGCGCAUCAGAUUCAGGAGAAGGCCGCAAUAGGUGACUGUCGAAACAUUGACACUCGAUCGCCGAUGAAGGUGACAGAUUCCCCACCAGCGCUGCAGCCUCUCCAGGCAGUUAUGGACAAGGAGUACGGGGAGAUGGAAGUGGAUGAAGCAGAGAACAUCGAGGAUAAGAUCCCCAUCGCCCUUACAACGUGCAAAAUCCCUGAGAAACAUGACGACAAACUGGACGAGAGGAAGUCUCCCCAUUUUGAUCAUCAGAAUCAGAACAAUCAGAAUCUGCUUAAUGAAAAUGUAGAAUCGAGGAGCUCCAACGGAAGUGACGAUAUGUGGCGGCCAUGGUAAAAGAGAAAAGGGAAUCUGUAACAUAAGCUCAUCAGAGAGCCAUCAAUGCACAUUGGUAGCGAGAUAUGAAAAAUAGUGUUUAGACAUUUACAUCUAGUGUUUAGCAUUUAGGCAUUCAAAAGUACCCAGAAGAUGCUUUAAAUAUAGUGCAAUAAGAAAAACAUAACGAUCACAAUGAAUGUUUAAAAUAUUUUUACUAAAUCUACUCCUGCAGUUUCUCAUGAAACGACAUAUUGUAUUGCACUUACGAUUAAUGUGUAUUUAAGAUAAAUGUGCCAAAAAACAAAAUGAGUUUGUGUCCACCCUCUACGAGUCAUUAACUAUGAAAAUUAAUUUUUGUUAAGCAAGAGUUAUGUAUAAUAAAAUAUAAUUAUGUACUUAUGAAUUGGUCGUUUAUUCAUUCUUAUGUCAUCUGUAUUUUUUCCCGAUAUCAAAGAAUAACGCGAGAAAUUUGU